GUCUUUGUCCCAGCAGCAGCAGGAUGUGUUAGUGUGUGUGUGUGUGUGUGUGUUGGUGUGUCAGCAGGAUGUGCGGGCUGCAGCUGCUGCGGGUCUCGGUCCAUGAGCGGAUGAGCGCCGCCGCUGCAGACCUCCUGCUGCGGCUGGAGGAAGGAGGAGGAGAAGCGGCGCUGAGGUCGCUGCUCACCGAGCGGCUCGCGGCGGCGGCGGAGGAGAUCGUCGCUCUGCUGGAGGAAACCGUGGCGGAGUACGAGGAGCGAGCGGAGCGGUCGGAGCGGGAGGUCUGCCGCCAGAGGAGGCUGCUCGAUGCCGUGCUCAAGCCCCAAGUCCGGCUGCACAGAGCGGACUCUCUGCAGGAGGUGAUCCUGAUCAAAGACCUGCAGCCUCCCGUUUCCCCUAGCGACGCCUCCUGCCCGUCGCCCGGCGACCAGCCGCCCGUCUCCCCGAGCAGCUCGGACGCCUGCAGCGACGGCGUUCCGGACGGAACCUGGAGCGAACAGAGACCCCUGGUUCUUCCGAGGAGGAGGAGGAGGAGGAGGGGCCGGCCGGCGCUCGCCGCCAGGAGCCGAAGGAGGCGUUCGAGUCCGGCUCGGAGCUUCGGCUGCCAGGUGUGCGGCCGCGCUCUGCAGGGGAAAGGCUUCCUGCUCAAACACGUCCUGAAGGUCUGCGGCAGCGACCCCCAGCACUGCUGCGGGUUCUGCGGAGAUCGCCUGGACUCGGCCGACGCCCUGACGGAACACCUGCAGGAUCACCUGCUGAACAGUAAAACCUGCUCCUUCUGCGGGAAAACCUUCCAGUCCAUCCUGGCGCAGGAGCUGCACGUGCGCCUGCACACCGGAGAGAAACCGUACAGCUGCGACGUCUGCGGGAAGAAGUUCAGCCAGAAGGGGAACCUGACGUCACACAUGCGGGUCCACGCCGCAGAGAAACCGUUCAAAUGUAAAGAGUGCGGCCGCGCCUUCUGCCACAUGACGUCUCUGGAGCGCCACAUGCAGGAGCACGGCGGCGGCGAGGAGGAGGUGCACGCCUGCAGCGCCUGCGACCAGAAGUUCAGCAAGUGGCGCAGCCUGCGGCGCCACAUGGCGACUCAUCAGAGGGACGCCGCCGACACGCCCAAGAGGUUCCGCAGGUCGGCGCCGUCCUUCCGCUGCAGAGUGUGCGGGGACGCCUUCGACAAGAGGACGUCGCUGGUGAAGCACGUGGAGACUCACCUGCAGGACCCGGACGGCUGCUGCGGACUCUGCGGACACCAGUACGAGUCCCCCGCCAGCCUCGCCGCCCACCUGCACUCCCACCGCGAGAUCGGCAACACCUGCCACGUCUGCGGGAAGAGCUUCCCGGCUCACGCGGCGCUGGAGAUGCACAUGAGGAUCCACACCGGGGAGAAACCGUACUCCUGCAGCUUCUGCGGGAAGAGCUUCAACCAGAGCGGCAACCUGAAGACGCACCUGAAGAUCCACACGGGGGAGAGGGCGUUCUCCUGCACGCUCUGCGGGAAGGGCUUCACCCAGAAACAGACUCUGGACACUCACGUCCGCUUCCACAACAAGGAGCGCCGCUUCCUGUGCCAGGUGUGCGGGAAGGGCUUCAUGCAGGAGGUGGACCUGAAGAGACACAUGCUGAUCCACACCGGGGAGAAACCCUACAGCUGCAGGGUCUGCGGGAAGAGCUUCCAGGCCAAACGCUCGCUCAACGGACACGUCAAAGUCCACCUGAAGGCGCACGCCGCCGGAGGGGGGGCGGGGCCGGACCAGGACCAGAACUCAGAGCAGCCGGACCAGAACUCUGAGCAGCAGCCCAACAGCUUCUACUCCGGAUUCAUCCAACUGUAGACGACGGAAGAUGAAACGGGCUGUUUUUAUUUCUCUCUCUCUUUGAAAGAACAAAAGAAGAAGAAAUGUUUAAAUAAUAAAUAAACAGAAUGAAACAUAACAAAGUUUCUGUCCGUCUCUGAAAACUACAGCUCCCAUGAGCCUCGGCUGCUGUCGCCAUGGUUACGGAGUUUAACGUUUUCUUAAUUCUCGUAAAAUUAUAUUUUUCUCUAAAUGUUUGUUUACAAAAGCUUUAAAGCCGACAGGAAGCUCAGAGUAAACAUUAAUGCACCGAAAAUAAUGUAAUAAAUAAAUGUUUGUUUAUUAUUUAGAGAUAAA